UUAAGGAUGACACUGUUUCAUCCUUAUUUACGCACUUGUUUUUAUUUCGCUUCUCUUUUUAAACUCGACACUUUUCUAUCUCGCUGACAGUAACUUAAGGACCUCUUUUAGUAUUUAAAUAAAGAAAGAAAAACAUGUCUGGAAACAACCAAAAAAUCAACAUUUUCCCUACACGAAUGGCCUUGACAAACAUGAAGCUUAAGUUGAAAGGCGCACAAACUGGUCACUCUCUUCUGAAGCGUAAAUCCGAAGCCUUGACCAAGCGUUUCAGAGGAAUAACAGUAAAGAUUGACGAGCUUAAACGUAAAAUGGGUCAAGUGAUGCAACUUGCUUCCUUUUCUCUUGCUGAAGUUCAGUAUAUUACUGGCGACAUUAGUUAUCAAAUUCAAGAAUCUUCCAAGUCUGCUCAGUUACGUGUACGCGCCAAACAAGAAAAUGUAUCAGGUGUCAUGCUCCCUGCUUUUGAAAUGUACACUGAAGGAGGCAAUGCCUUUGAAUUUACUGGUCUUGGACGUGGUGGUCAACAGAUUCAGAAGGCAAAGGAAGUAUAUACAAAGGCAGUUGAAACAUUGGUAGAACUUGCUAGUUUGCAGACAGCAUUUGUUAUCUUGGACGAAGUUAUCAAAGCUACCAAUCGCCGUGUGAACGCGAUUGAACACGUUAUUAUUCCUCGUUAUGAAAAUACCAUUAAAUAUAUCAUUUCCGAAUUGGACGAGCAAGACAGAGAAGAAUUCUUUAGAUUGAAGAAGGUUCAAGGAAAGAAAAAGGAGCGUGCUGCUGUUGAUGAUGCACUUCGAGCACAAAAGGCAACUGAUAUCGAACUUGAAAAAGGAGAAGUACCAAUACUUCAAGCAGCACAUGAAACAGGAGAACUUGCCACGAUGGAUACGGAUACGGAUGUCAUUUUCUAGAAAGCUAAAAUAAAAGAAUAUAUCUUUUAUCUGAAUCAAUACAGUUUACAGUAGUCUACUACUCCUUGCCAAUGUUUAAUACCCCCAUUUUUAACAUUGAUCUUACUGCUUGUCAGUACAGCGGGAGUUUACUUGAUUUAAGCACGUUGCGUAUCUUUAUCCUUUGAUAUAGAAAUCAUUUCCCAACAAGAACAAGUGUAUUACAAAUCUUUGUUGUUCCUAUCCCUACGCAAAGUAUUGGCAAAUAAGUAAUGUAUUUUAUUCUAAGUAAAUCAACACCA